AUGACACUUGCCACGGCUCAUUUUACAAUUCCACUGUUGCAUGACGGAAAUGGCGACAAACUAGGCAUGUCGGCAGUUGGCCUCAUUGCGUCUUGCUUAUCUGCUCGAAUGGUGUUUUAUACUAUCGAUCUUAAUCGUCUUCCUGUGGGUGGCAGAAUUCCACCUCUUUGGGACGUUAUCACUCCUGAGCCGAGCGAGAAACCAGAAAAGAUCGUAACGGUUCCUAUCCAGAAAGUACGUUCGGAUGCACUAUGUUGGCUCCUUAUGGCCAACUUAUCUCUAUUUAUGCUGAUGCCAGUAAUGGUGCCAUUUGAUACGUUCUUACGAGUCUGUGCUGUGCCGCCAGAGACCUUCUCGUCAAAAAGCUAUGGUUACGUUCUGCUCGACUUUAUCACAUUACGAGGAAAGCUCCCGUUAAGAAGCCUGUACUACCAUAUGGUAAUGGGGUUUACUGUUCACUUGCAUGUAGCAAUUCUUUUGCCCCUUUAUCGUAUAUUUCGGUCAGCCCAACUGUUGGCAUAUUCGUUCCUGCCGGUCAAGAACAAGACAGAGUUGGUUCAGCCUUACUAUACAGCCUAUAUCUGGCUAGUAGACCAACCACCCAUCUUUAACAAGCCAUGGCUUUCAAGAUCUGCCUAUGAGCUGUGGUCAAAACGCUGGCACCAGAAGUUUCGCCCUGGAUUCCUAAGAAUCGGCUAUUUUCCAAUUAAGCGCCUGUUUGGCAAACAAACAAAAGCAGGACAUAUAGCUGCUGUGAUGGGUGCUUUUGUUGUGUCUGGUUUGAUGCAUGACUACGUUCUGUUGACCAUUAGAGGAUAUAGCCAAUUCAACCAAGUCGGCGUGAAAGGUUAUCAGACUAUCUUUUUUGUUUUACAAGCCAUCGCAUCGAUUGUCUCGUCCCCCGACUUUCCCUUGGGCCCUAAGCAAUUGCCACUUUGGGUCGGCCGUUUACUUACAGUCAGUUGGAUUGCCGUGACAGGUCCUUUAUUUAUGGAGCCUUAUGUCCGUAUUAGCUUCCAGACUACAAUGGAGGUUCCUGUGUUCCCUUAUAUUGACAGCGCUUAUGCUGCCCCCUUUUGUCCGUAUGGACUAGCGAAUUAG